AUGGCUGCUCACAAGAUCCCAGGGAGCCAAAUUUCCUACGUCGGUUCGCUCUUGCUCAUCCCAUCAUGGGCAAUUCUCAACGUCUCUGUGUCACUGGUCUUCUGGAUCUGGAUCGUGGCGGUGGCUGGCUACUAUACCAAUAUGUGGAAUACAGGGUAUUUGCCCUUCCAGAGCUCCAAAGUUUUUGACAAUACUGGGAAUGUCUAUAAAGUGAAAAAGAUUGUGGAUGCAGCGACCGGAUACAAACUUGAUGUGAACAAGUACUUGGCUUAUUCUCCGGUUUAUAUGCCUAUUACCUACGCGUUGAAUAUGUUCGGUUUCUCGUUCGCGACACUCAGUGCACUCCUUAUUUGGAUCAUCCUCGAACACCGCCACGUUAUGGCAGAUCCUAAAGUCGAACACUGGAAUGCCGAACUCAAAUGGUAUGGUGUCCUACUGGCCUGUGCAGUAGCAUUGGUCUUCUAUCCGCCGGUAAUUCAUCCUGCCCCUUUAUUCACUCUCGGGGUUCCUUUGACCCACAACCAGCUUGCUAUUGUCUAUGCCACCUCCAACCUCAAGAUCAAUAUUGACAUUUUCUGUCGCAUCGUUGCCGGUUUUGUAUUUGAGGGCCAAGUUCUUGCCAACAUUUGGUUCUUUGACUUAGGGUACAUCACGACCAUCAAGGGACUAUAUUUCGCACAGGAUAUGAAGCUGGCCUACUACUGCCAUGCCAAGAUUCCACAACGGAAGCUGUUUCUCGUUCAGUGUGUCGGCAUUAUUGUGGGGCCUCUUUCUUCGCUCGGCGUGCUUAAUUGGGCUCUCAACCACAUUGGCGGAAUUUGCACAAGCGAUGCCCCCAAUGGCUUUAGUUGUCCAUUUUCCAGCACUCAUUUCAAUACCUCACUGAUAUGGGGUGCAGUUGGACCCCGCCGUUAUUUCUCUAACCACGUCGGCUACUUGGCCUUGCUGUAUUUUUUCAUAAUUGGUGCCAUUUUGCCUAUUCCCGUCUAUUUUCUGAGCCGUCGAUAUCCGGACUCUUCGUGGAGACGGGUUCACAUCCCGUUGUUUAUUGGCGGUUUGAAACACCUGCCGCCAGCAACAGGAAUGAACUAUGGUAGCUGGGCAGUGGUUGGACUCGCGUUUGGCUGGGUUAUCCGACACUGGUUCCAUAGCUGGUGGAAAUACCUGCGAUUGGAAAGGCUGUGCGCAUCUCCCACUGCCAGGGGGCGGUAA